AUGCAGGUAUUGAUGGCUGACCCAACUAUAUCAACCACACAUGGGCUCUAUUUGUCUGGUCCUUUCCUCAUUGAAGCAAGGACCUUGACUGAGAAUGGAUGGCAAAAAGAGUAUAGAACCUAUACCUCAUUUAUAGCUUGCAGCGGAGGUCCUCGUGAUGAUCACUUACAUUACGAGAUCGUGGCCCAAGGUUUUGGUCACAUCAACUUCAAACUUGAAGCAGGACACAUCUAUUUCUUGCGUGGGAGUUUCUUCCCAACUAAUGACAAAGAACAGGACAAUACAUUGUUUUUUGAGGCAUCCGACUGGGUUCUCCUCAACGAUGCUGAAAACUUUGUUGGUGAUUUAGUUGAUGCGGUUGGCAUCACCGGAGUUGGAAUUAUUUGUAAGAUCGACAGCAUCAUUAUGCCAACUGCUGGUGGUGUAAAGAAGAAUCAAAAAGAUGAGAACAAACCAACUACAAUUGUAACUGUUUUACACUCUGAUUUUCAUCCGACCACCAAAGAUCCAACACAAUUUAUGGUGGAAUACCAUAUCCCCCCAACUCCCAACUUGGCUGGAACACCAAAAAUUUUGAAGGUUGGUCAAGAGUUCCAAUUUCACGGGUUUGUGAAAGAUUAUGAUCCCGAUAACUUCCGAUAUGUAAUAAUUGCGAAUAAAGUUUCACCAACCAAUGGCAACAAAGAAUAUCAGGUUGAUAGUAAAGGUGUCAAAGUCAAGGACGAAAACACCAAACCAAUGACCUUAGCUAAUAAACCAUUAAAUUUGAAAUCAGCUUUUAAAUUGCCCGUCAUAUCAACGGACUCAGACGUAUCAACCAGUUUGCAUUUUCCUCCUUCGGAUUUUGGACCACAUUUGUACCGCUCCGGUUCUUCCAGUUUAACAGGUCCUUCAAGCUCUAACCAAUCACCUGAUAAACUCAAGCCCAGCAAAAUUGCAAUUACUGCUCUCAAAGAAAGAGGCCGCAGUCAGCCCAAACAUUCGACUAAGAAGGGUAAAACUUUGAAUUUGACUGUCUCUGAAGACAAAUACAUGUUAACUAAUAUGUACAUAGCCGUGAUUUCAAUUUUUGAUUUUGUUCUUCAAAGCGACUUUGAAAGAUACCUCCACGUCUACAUACCCACUUCCUCGAUCCAACUUCUACUCCUUGAUAUCACUCCUACUACCUCUUCUUGA